CGAAGAAAUGAGCGAAAUGGCGAAAGGAGCAGGAGAUUCAGCAAUCAAAACAUAACCCGGAAAAGAAUUACAAAUGCGAGAAGUUUACUCGAAGUUAUUUACUUGUGCAAAGAAUUUCAAUAGGGAUGCGAAGAAAUCAAGAGGAAGUCUAAAUGGUGGGCCACAUUCUUAUGUAACUACUGGAAUUUCUUCUGGCAAUAAUUCCAGUGCCAAGACUUUAAUUGAAUACGACAAUGACGAGACUUUGGAAAUCAAGGAAGAAAUCGUCGAAGCGCGAGGGAAUACAGGUAAAAAUGAUCAUAAAAUGAACGAAUCGAAAUUCUGUACCAUAUAUAUAAAAGAAGAUGAUAUAUUGUCUGCUGAAAACAAACUCCGGAGUCAAAAGAAGCCGAAAAAUCAGGAUUCAGGACAGAAACCGGAAAUGCAAUACAAAUGCGAUAAAUGUGCUCGGACCUUUUCAUAUUUUAAUACUUUCUAUCAGCAUCAAAGAUACGAUUGCGGCGUCACGCCACGUUUUGAGUGUAAACUCUGCGGCAAACGAUUUAAACGGACUAAUGUCAUGAAUAGACAUAUAGAUCACGUGCAUCGUAAGAAAGGCGCAAAGAAGUCAGUAUUGAGGCAUAAUUGCGACAAAUGUUUUCGAAGUUACAAUUGGGCAUGUGAUUUAUAUCGACAUAGAAGUUUAGAACACGCAGAAGUUCAAUCAGAGUUUACUUGUGAUAUUUGCGGUUUCAAAUUCAAACGCAAAGCUUACUUGUACACUCAUAUUGCUUCAAAACAUCUCAAUCAAGGCAAUUCCAAGAGGCAGUCGAAGAAAGUAAUAUGA